GGUUCCGUCCAAUCCAUACUGAGCUCUCAGGUCCCUUCAGCACGUUCAUUCAUCCUGCUGACCAUGGAGCAGAUGGGACCAGCACCUGUCUGUCGAUAACACGGAUCCCCACGGUGAGACCUGAGAUAAGGAGUCGCGGAAAGGUAAAACUGAUCGACUGAGUAGUUGUCAGUGGCGCUGUUACAUUGCAAUCUGUACACGCCACUUAAACUCCGACCAUCGUCAGGUAUCCCGGACGAAACCACCCACUGCCCCCGUGACGUCACUCUCUCUAGUCGGAGGUGUGAUCGGUCAGUGGAAGAGUGAUGCUGAUGGUGCUGUGAUCAGACGCUCCCGCUCCCCGUUGACAAAAGUCUGAAAUCUGCAGAUUUCCCCGGCUGGCAAUCACAGCGGAGCCAAGGGGAAAUCAUGACUACAGUGUGUGCUGGCGUGAGGACGACCAUGCACAAGGCAAACGGGCUGCUGAUCUUUCUCUUCGCCAUGAGCAUCGACAUACGGUGCCGGGCGCAGACUCUGGACUCCCUUCUCUCCAGUCAGGGAUAUGACCGCUUCUUACGGCCAUCGUUCGACAGUGAUCCAGUCGAAGUCAACAUGAGCAUGACCAUUUCCAGUAUAGACCAGAUCUCCGAGGUCAACAUGGAUUACACCAUUACUGUCUUCCUACGCCAGUAUUGGAAAGAUGAACGCCUGGCAUUUUCCAAUGCCAAAAAGAGUCUAAGUCUUGACGGACGUCUUGCCGAGAAGCUCUGGGUCCCCGACACGUUCAUUCCCAACGCAAAAGAGUCCUUCAUGCACAAGGUUACAGUGGACAACCGCUUGAUUCGGCUCGACCCCGACGGAGGGAUACUUUACGGAAUGAGGAUCACGGCACGAGCUGCAUGUGACAUGGAUUUGAAGAAGUAUCCGAUGGACUCACAAAACUGUACCCUGGAAUUUGAAAGCUAUGGAUACAAAACGGACGAUAUCGUGUUUCGCUGGAAGGACGGGAAUGCGUCCAUCUACGGCGUGGAGAGUCUGAAGUUACAACAGUUCCUCAUCGGGGAAUAUAACGUCAUAGAGGGGACGUCCAGAUACGAGUCAGAGGAAGGAGAACAUUCCAACGUUCGCUUCUGCUUCAAGCUGCACCGCCAGGCUUUCUACUUCAUCUUCCAGACGUACCUCCCGGCCACCUUACUGGUGGUGCUGUCAUGGGUCUCCUUCUGGAUCAAUUCAGAAGCAGUGCCCGCCAGAGUCGCUCUUGGUAUCACCACCGUUUUGACGAUGACCACGCUAAUCAGCGGCGCCCGAGCCACCAUGCCUAAAAUCUCUUACAUCAAGGCCAUCGACGUCUACUUGAUCACGUGUUUCCUGUUCACCUUCGCCGCGCUGGUGGAGUACGCAGCCGUCAACUUCCGGUCGUCCCGAGUCAAGAAAAGGAAGGUGUCGGUGCCCGUGCCAGAGCCAGUCAGCUUCAUGGAGGAAAGCGAGGUGGUUAGCAUGAAGAAACUGAAUAAUGACGGAGCAGACACUGAAUCAAGGGUCCAUACAAUCCUGGACAUCGAUGUGGACAAUGGCAACGUUGGGAGCAAGAAAGUACAAGUCGACACGGUCAUAUCUGAGGAGGAAGGGGAUCCUCCCAAAAAGACGGGCCUUAGCUUCCGGAACGGAAUGCGUUCGUUCAUGAGACAAGUGUCACAGGUACCUCUGAGGGGAGGUGUCGCUGUGAUUGACAAGUACUCCCGAUGGCUCUUCCCAAUAAGUUACUCUCUUUUUAAUAUUUUCUACUACGUCUACUACAACGAACCGUGGGUAAAAUGGACCUCACCAAACUGAGGCGUUUCUCGCCGUUCUGGAUGGACUAAAACCGAAGCAAGGAUCCUCUCAGUCCGCACGCCCGGCUGGUCAGGACUAAGUACAAGGCGUUAAGUAAACUCGGAUAAGGUUGAUUGUAAAUAGAAGCUCUUCUACGUGGGUAACGGAUCGCGACAUACAUAUAACAUUCAUUUGGCGUCUGAGUGACCUAAAUUGUGUUAAAGAAGCACUAAACUCCAGACGGGGUGUUAUUUUCCAAUAGAUAAUGUAUCAAUGAAUACAUAAUCAGGACAAGUUUGCAAAAGUCCACUUUUGGUGAAUAACGCGAGGCGUGUUUGUAAAACAAACAUGACACCCACUUAACCAAUGCAGACCCUACUCGUAUAUUCCCUAUAAGUACAGUAGAGACUCUGACGUAAUGUUAUUUUCGCCAUAAAUAAAGGGCAAUACGCACACCAAAAGGGACAAAUUUUCCUAGAGUACAUAUAUCAAGAAGAGUUUUUUCAUUACCGUUGAAAUUAGUUUUGUAACCUAACGUUUGCCAUACGUUGUCGGGGACAUUAUAAGUCAUAGUACAUUGGGGUGUUAAGCAGAAUACUGAAUGCUUUCCGAUGCGCGUGGGACUGCUUUUUUCGUAAACUGUAAAGUACCCAGAGUCGAGGACUCCUUUAAGGCUACGUAUACAACAUAAAAAUUCACCAUUAGUGUCUGUUUACCUAUUCAAACGUGACUGGACUGUUUUUCUCAUUGUACACGAACUAAAAUCUGUCGGGAACAAUCGUCUAUGCGAUUAGUUACUCUUCUAAUUAACUUAUUUCUGUUGCCUUACCCCCAAAUUCUAUGGCAUUAAUCUGCAUGAAUUCAUGAAUCAGAAAUGACUUGUUUAUAAAACACUGAACGAUAGGCAAGCCAUAAAAUGAACAUGACGGGGACAGCACAGAGAAGGGCGACGAAUCGAUCUAGAUUACCCAUAUCUAUAAAUUUGGUAGUUUGUUUGUUCACCUGUUUGUUUGUUUGGUUGGUUGGUUUAUUUAGUACUCGCUAUGUAACAUUGUUACUGCCGAAAGACUCGUUAGUAAGAUGCCCUGUAAGUACAUGUUAUUGUAGUGCUAAUGAGUAUUGACUAGGUUUCAAAAGAAUUUAUAGAUUGCAUCUGUCUACCUAAUUCAUAUCGUCAGUACCAUUAGCUAAUAACCACUAGAUGUUUCUCCCACGUGGUACAUGUGGUCCUCGUUCUUUUAUGAAGGGAAAUGAUGAGACAUGUCUUCUGAAACCGACAGAAAUUAUUUGAUUUCUUAAAGAGUAUGGCCAAUAGGAAAAUUGAUAUCACUGCCGGAUAUACUCAUUCGGCACUUCGGCACUGUUCAUUAAGUCUCAUUGUACAUGAAACCCUCUAUCUAAUGAGUCGUGUGCCAUUUGUUUCAUACAACGUUAUGUUUUAUGCAGGGCCGGAAUAUUAGGGAUAUGUGGCUUUUUGCAAAUGUAGCAGUUUCCAAGGCAUGAUUUUAUUUUUGCACAUCUUUCUAGAGUAGUUCAGUCAAGCAGCUUUGUGCAGUAAUAACUGAGGAAAAUAGUCCUCAAAUGUACUCGGCACAUUUGUAAACCAAAUUUAAGAAACAUUUCCUUGUAUAUACGGUUGUAGAUCCAACUGAGAUGUUUGACCCACGAUUGUGUGCACGAAUAAGGAUGUACGAUGUACGUUAUAGCUCUAGGUGUACAAUUUCCGGGACUGAACCCACGUAUGUAAUACUUAUUAACUGUGCCAUUAUGUACAUAAGACAUUUGUGCCCUUAAGGUUCAGUACUGUGCCUAUCACUGUUUAGUAGAAAACAUCGUAAAUUCAUUGAUAUAAUACAGAAUGGGUUGUAAGUAAUUCGAUGGCUACUCAGGAGCUACGCUGUGCAGACACAUCAUGUAAAUGUUUUAUUAUACAAAGAUAUGGCCUUGACAGUAGAUACAACAUAAGCAUACAAGUGAGUUUACGAUAGAGCACAACAUGUUAAGUACAAGACGCUUGAUCUACGGCUAGGGAUCGUUUGUAUACACGUACCCCUUGUAUUAAAAAGAUGUAAGUGACUCGGUAAUACAAAAACGUUAGGAAGAAAGGGAGCCCUUUAUAUCACUGUAAGAUAGUGAAGUGGUAAUCAACACUAUGUACACAUCCUUUUAAGCAAAAUUGUGCUAAAUUGUAGGGCCAUUUUAUUUAAAAGAUUCAUAGAUUAAUUUUUACAUCUGACAAUGAAAUGACCAUGGAGGAAUGCCAAAUUCCAUUUUGCCAAGUGUCAACUUCCUUUACCAAAUCCAAUGGUAACGUGGAUGAGCACACUAGCCCUAUGCCAUGCAGUACCAAUGGCAGCCGCAAGUGGGCAGCUUUAUAACGUCUCACAGUUCAAAACAAUUUACAUUCAACUGUGACCUAGAAGAGCAGUAUGACCCUGUUCCAUGCAGUGUAAAUGGCAACCGCUAGCUGGCGUAAAUUACAGACCAACUAUAAACAAUACUGUAAUAGAAAUGCCUUAUGUAGGCCAAUCAGAUUUGAUUGACAACUGUAGAUACCAUAUUUACUUAUUUUCCUUCUCGAGCAAACUAUAUCCAAAUAUAAUGUGUUUGUUGUAUAUGUUUUUAUCAUAUACGCUAUGUUUGAAUUCCAUAGCGCUACACAUUGGGCAUCAGCAACGCAGAAACAUUGCCGGCCAGACACAAAUAUGUUAAUCCAUUACAUUGAAAUAUGUAGGAAAAACGAACACAAGUAGCAUUAACUGUGUGGUAUACGCACCACAUCUGAUAUGUACAUACCUGUAGAUCUCUUCGCAUGUACAAGCUAGGCAAUAACAGUUAAAUGUAUCUUGAUAUCUAUGAAUUAAGCUUAUAUACAGAAAAAUAAA